AUGUCUGAAGAAUCAUCUAAAGGUUGCACCGCAUGUGGUUGGACGCUCUACCAGCAAGAGCAAUGUUUUUACGACAGCCAUGUCAAACUCUUCUAUGGCGCAAGCAGGAGGGGAGUUUGGUCGAUUGGAUCUGAUGUUAUUUUGAAAGAACGUCCUGACGAAGGCCCGAAAACCGAGGUCAUCACCUUGAAUUACCUUACAUCCCACUCAAAUAUCCCGGUUCCAAAGAUCCUACGUGACUGGGUUGACGGCGACGGGCGAUACUUUGUACUCCAAGAACGGAUACAAGGCCAAACGCUCGAGCAGGCUUGGUCUUCGUUAUCCAAGGAACAGAAAGUAAAUAUCGCAGAUGAUGUUGUUCGAGUUCGAGAGCAGCUACGAUCUUUCAAGUCAACAUCAAUACAGAAUGUUGAUCAAACUCCUUGUUGUCCGAGUCUACUCUUUUCAGACCGCAAGCCACAUGGACCCUUUCACUCCGACAACGAACUCUGGGAUGCGAUAAGCCUAACCCUCCACGAUCCGCCUACAAAAUUGUUUCCUCAACAAGCCCUAUUCAACCUGAAGAAACGUCUGUCUAAAUGUGAGCCCUACGUUCUUACUCAUUGUGAUCUCAAUUUGGGUAAUAUCAUGGUUAAAGAUGGAGCGCUGGCUGGGAUUCUCGAUUGGGAAUUUGCAGCGUAUUAUCCUAUUUGGUACGAAUACGUCUCGGCCUCUUGGGGAUGGACAGAGGAGGACGCCGAGUGGAAAAAGCUUUUACGGGAGCGUAUGGGUGUAAAUGGCGAAGGACAUGAUGAUGCGAAGGAUUUUUGGACUGAUCUGCGUCAUUUGCGAAAGUAUCCGAAUUUGGAUGAAAAGGGCCAAGAACUCCUGGACAGGUUGUUUUCGGAGUAA